AAAAGUUGUUUAACUUGGUUUCACAAUUUUAAUAUACUUCUGUUUUAGAGAUACUUCGCAGAAUUCAUGUAGCUCGCAGGAUUCAACAAAGGAAAAUUGUGUCUUGCAGUCGUCUUCCAGUUUUCGUCACAGCAAUCAGGGGUUUUCAGAUCAAUCAACGAUCAUUCUUUCGUCGCUGAAUCGGCCAAAGACUCAAGCCCGACGAAAAAGUGAUGAUUUGAUGAGAUAUUCGUACGCUUACAGUGAUUUGAAGAGCCCGGCCCAAAUCCUGCUUUCCGAAAACAUUUACGAGGAAAUUAGAACACCGCCGUUAAACUCUCUUGAAGGUUCAAGUUCAGAUUCAUCAACGACAUUCUUGGAUUCUUCCACAGAAACGGACUCCACAAAAUCUACGAAUACGACUCAGCGAAAUCUAAAGAAUGCGGGAAAAAAAUUAAGAAAUGCACCGCGGCAAUCAAGAAAGUCAGCUGGUAGCUUGGACAGUACAAGCAAAGAAUCCGUCUCAAGUGGGUCAGAUUACGAGUUGACCGAUUCAUUAUCUCGCCGCGCAUUAUUUCGAAGCCUUUCCAAGGGUCGUCGGAAAUAUCUGGAGACGUAUUCCCGGACAGAUUGGGACUGGGGUUCACCUACCAAUCAGAGAUCAGUAAACAAAAACAACUACAUCAACAGCAGGGAACUAAUGAAACAACGGCUUAAUGUUUCCAAGUCUCUUCCGACUCUACAGCUUGAGACUGUGGAACCUGAAGAAGAGAUAAAAUCCAAAGCUUAUCCUUUAAUAUUCCCAUCUCCCCCUUCCCUCUCCUUAGUCACCCCUUCUCCACCCACUCUUCCCACUUUUCCAACUGGAAAAAUGCGGGAAACAAUUUCAUCUAAAAACGCGGGAUCUAACCGUGACACGAGAUUCCCAGCUCUCCUAUCUUUGAAGAAAAGUGUUAGUAGUUUCUUUCAGCCUUCUUCUAAGCUCAGAAUAAAAUUGUGAUUUUAAUAUGAAUUUAAAGAGAUUUCAAAUAUAUCUUUAUAUGUGAUUUU